CAACCAUGUCUUCCUCCGUCUUCAGUGCGCUCAAGCGCUUCACGUCUUGUGAUAUUGGGGAUGCGCUUGUCAAGCUCAAAGUACCCUAUGGUGGAUAUUGCCAUGGACUCAGCAUGUUCUCGCCGCACUACUCGUCCGCAGGCAAGAUCUUUGGGCCGGUUUAUACCGUGAAAAUGGUCGAUGCAAAGAACAAAGCAGCUCCACAACCAGACAAGCAUUUCGCAGACUGUAUCCCGAAAGGCAGCGUGGUGUUUGUGUCCCAACCAAAAGGCCUGUUCUCGGCAUGCUGGGGUGGACUCAUGUCGACACGAGCAAAGAUCCUUGGAGCUGAGGGAGUCGUGGUUGAUGGAAAUUUUCGAGAUCUGCUCGAACAUCGAGAGUUAGGAAUGCCACUGUUUGCUCGAGGUAAAUCUUCUCUUGGUUCGAACAGCUUCACUCGAAGUUCCGAGCUCAAUGUCCCAAUUGAGUACAACCUUCCGGAACAGGAACAACCACUGGUUAUCAAUCCUGGGGACUGGGUUGUGGCAGACGUGGAUGGCGUGGUUGUGAUCCCACCUAGCUUGGCGGAAGAGUGCCUCAAGCUGUGUCAGGAGCGCUUUGCCAUUGACGAGAAGACCAAAGAGGCGCUCGAACAGGGUGCGGAAAUGGGGCCCACCAUUGCAAGACUUCGAAAGUGAUUGGCCAGUGGCGGCUAUUGGAGUUCGCGGAUGGUCUCUGACCAGGCGACCAUCAGCUGUACACGCUGCACAAAUGCACUGACUGGGGCCCAUCUAUUUCUAGUUCUGGAAAGAAUGUGCGCUGAGCAUGGCGACCUCAGAAAGACUCAGAUUUCACAAAGUCGCGACUGGCCGCCACAGACAGGUCCUUCCAUGCAAUACAAAAUUUCUGUACACUUGUACUUCACAUGACAUCGUCCUC